UUUAGUAAAUGAGCAACAUUCUGGAGAGAAUGUUCAGAAAAUCUUUUAUCCUCCAUUCAAGCUAGCCACUUAGCCUUGAUCUCACUUUGCAUCGGUUCAAUGAAGUGUCUCGAAUCAACCAAGCAGACAUACUGUAUUGAGUAAGCGCCAUAAAAGCCAUUUAUGACCUUUUACGACAUGCUGGAGCACAAAGUCACACCGAGAGUCUCUCCGGUAUAAAAAGUAAUGUAGAGAACAUUUGUAGGCAUCCGUUAUGUUGUGGGAAUUUCGGCAAAUGCUGCUGGCGUCCUUGACUUUGGCGUUCUUGACUGACGUUGGCUUCAGUUUACACUUGACCUGCGCUAAUGGUGUUCAUUUACCUGAGGAUUGCAUGUGCGACUUCACUGACGAUUGCGGCGACGGUGGCGACGAGCGACACUGUUCCGACUAUAACAGAUGUCAAUUUGACGAAAGCUUCUGUGACCUGAUCCAGCCAUCACAAGCAUUAGCUCAAUGGAACAGAACAAUGGCGGUUGCGCCCAUCCAACACGAUCACACCGGCAAGCAAUCAGCACAUUUCCUGUCGCUUGUGCCUCAAAGAGGAAACGCUACCACAGCACAACUAAUAAGUCCUCUGUUUAGACCUGCUGACACCUGCCAGAUGAGCUUCUACUAUUACGUCUCCGCCCAACAUGGAGUUCUUCAGGUUCUGAUGGAGAGCGGUCCACUGUUUCACAGCACUGUGCUUUGGGAACAGUUCAAUCCAGCGCAAGUGUGGCAGCGGGCUGUUGUCCGCUUUUCCAGCAACAGCACUUUUCAGGUGGUAAUUCAAGGGACUCUUACGGCAGACAGUGAUGCAUCAGAGGUGCUGGCCAUUGAUGACAUUUCCUUUAGUCCCCACUGUGUGCCAUUUUUCGUUCCUAGCGUGCCCCCACCUACCAGUGGUUGCCCACCAUCCUGGUUUGCCUGCGGAGGCAGUGGGCCGUGCAUAGAGCGGGACAAAGUGUGCGACUUCACCCGGCAUUGUCCCCACGGCGACGACGAAAGCAACUGCCCCUCCGAGUGCGACUUUGAGGGUGGCUCCUGCGGCUGGUACGAACACACUCUUGGUGACGGUUUCGACUGGGUCAGGGGCUCGUCCUCGGAUGUACCGCCAGAGUAUUAUGGUCGGCCACCCCCUCCGGACCACUCCAGUAACAGCACGGAGGGUCACUUUAUGUUCAUACUGAAGAACAGCAGCAGUCUUUAUCCAAGGGCGGUUCUCAGAGGACCGUGGUUCCAGCAGUCGGCUUCCGGGUGCACUAUGACCUUCUGGCAUUACAACUCAGGCAUAUCAGUCGGGGCCGCCGACAUGUACCUACGCAUCCAAGGAGUCCAAAACAACACCAUCAUAUGGAGGACUUUCUACGACCAGGGAAACCGCUGGAAUCGGGUCAGUGUACAACUAGGUCGAAUCACCCGGCCCUUCCAGAUCGCACUGGCUAAAAUCAGCCUUGGCGUUUUCGACGGUAUCUCCGCGCUGGACGACGUGUCUUUCCACAACUGCUCCAUGCCACCCGCCGCCGCCGAGUGCCCGCCGCACACACACUUCCACUGUACACGCACCAGGGCGUGCGUGGAGCGGCUGCUGCUCUGCGACCUGGUGGACGACUGCGGGGACGGUUCAGAUGAAGAGGGCUGCCUACCCGAGCUGCAGUGCAACUUUGAGCAAGGUCUGUGCAGCUGGAAACAGGAGCAAAACGGCGCCGGCGACAUUUUCGACUGGACCCGCAUUCGAGGCCCCACCCCAUCGUUCAACACGGGGCCCUGGAAGGACCACACACUAGGCACCAGUUACGGCCACUACCUCUACAUCGAGUCGUCCGUCCCCCAGGAGUUCAGGGACACGGCGGUGCUGCUGAGCCCGGCCUUCGAGCCCACCCAUCGACGCGGCGUGAAACCCUUCAACACCCGCCAACCGUGCGUGUUCCGCUUCCACUACCACAUGUUUGGCUCGCACGUGUUCUGCCUGGCCAUCUAUCUCAGGACCACAUCGACGGGCCGCGGCCAGUUGCUGUGGGUCGGAUAUGCCGACCAGGGCAAUAUUUGGCACAGGAAGACUCUUUACCUCACCAGCGCUCGACCUUUCCAGAUUGUAAUUGAAGGUACAGUUGGAGAUGAUUUCAACGGGGACAUCGCCAUCGACGACCUCUCCUUCCUGGGCUGCGUGCCACAUGAAGGUGAGCUCCCCAAGGCGAACAACACUGACCCCACGGGGACCACGCCGACGCCAUCGGUUCAGCCCCAUCGUUGCCCCCAAGGGGAGUUUGCAUGCGGUUCGGUUGGGGAGUGCGUUACCCCCGAAAAAGUGUGCGACUUCAGGCUCGACUGCUCGGAUGGCUCAGAUGAAAGCGACUGUGUGGCUGAGGAGUGUGAUUUUGAAGAUGGUAAAACAUGCGGUUGGGAGACUAUUGUCCCGGCCCCAGUGUCUAUGCAUGCAUUUCGCUGGUCCCCCGACCGAGGGGAGAGCAUUCAUGCCGGAGAGCAGUAUCAUCGUCCUGUCACCGACCACACCCUGGGCAGCCCUCACGGUUGGUACAUGUGCGCUGACAGUUCUAACGGCGGCUACGGCCACGUCACCGACCUCCAGACGCCCCUUAUUGCAUCCACCGGGCCACAUUGCAUCCUGGUCUUCUGGUACCACAUGGGCGGAUUUACCGUGGGCUCACUACAACUUUUGCUGAGGCGUGGAAACAUCACUCAUGAGGUUUGGUCUCAGACUGGUAACCAAGGCAACAAGUGGAGACGUGGUGAAGUGUUCUUGGGGCUGUCAAAUGACAUUCAGGUGGUGUUCCGAGCCAAGCGUGGGAUCAGCUACAUGGGCGACACGGUGAUCGACGAUGUCAGCUUCGUGGACUGUGCGCCUCCGCCGCCCACACAAGGGCCAUGCGCCCCCGAGCAGUACACCUGCGCCAAUGGUCGCUGUAUCCCCCGGGACAACCUGUGCGACUUCAUCGACCACUGCGGGGACGACUCGGAUGAGGAACCCUAUAUUUGCAAGGUGUUUAGCGGCCGCUGCGAUUUUGAGUUUGACCUGUGCUCCUGGCGCCAGAGCUCGGAGGAUGAUUUUGAUUGGCAGAUCAAAGCCGGCAGCACUCCCACUCUCGGCACGGGCCCGUCCACAGACCAUACCCUGAGGGAUACCUCUGGGCACUACCUCUACCUGGAGAGCUCCUUCCCUCAAGUGGCUGGAAAUGCCGCCCGCAUCUCGGGGCCAUUGCUGAGCCACAGGAGCUCCCAGUGCAAGAUGCGCUUCUUCUUCCACAUGUCCGGAGAUGGCAUCGGGGCACUGGGCGUGUUCCAGAAGAGCCAAGGGGGUCUUGACCUCCUCCUCAACCUGACGGGCAACCAGGGCAACUACUGGCAGAUGGGGGAGGUCCCGCUGAGCCACGCCGAGGACUUCCGAGUCAUUUUGGAAGGACGAGUGGGCCGAAAUCCCAAGGGGGACAUCUGCCUGGACGACAUCACCUUUUCGCCAGGGUGCCUGCUCGCCUCCUCAGCCGUGAUCGAGGACGACGCCACUCCCCCUCCUCCUGAAGGCUUGUGUCCUCCGGGGUCCCUGCCUUGCGCAAACGGCCGCUGCUACUCCCCCGGCCAGAGCUGCGACUUCCGCGACGACUGCGGCGACGGCUCCGACGAGGAGAGCUGCGGGACAUCCUGCUCCUUCGAAGAUGGCCCGUGCGGCUGGAAGAACUCGCUGGCGGACAAUUUUGACUGGUUGUUGGGAAGCGGCUCGGUCCAGAGCAUACGGCCGCCGUACGACCACACGUUGAAGGAUGAGAGCGGUCACUUUCUGUAUUUAGAAGCCACACCAGUGGGACUGAAAGGCGACAAGGCUCACAUCAGUAGUUCGCUGUGGAAGGAGUCCAGCUCCAUCUGCAAGCUCUCCUUCUGGUACUACAUUUCCCACAAGGCCUCGGGAACCAUCCGCCUGCUCGUGAAAACGGAGAACGCCAUGUGGGAGGUGUGGAACAAAUCAGGCCAUCAGGGGAAUGGGUGGAAGCGGGCCGAGGUGCCGCUGAGAAGGCUGAGGAACUUCCGGGUGAUAUUCGAGGGUGUGCGUUGGCGCGACGUGAGCGGGGGCGCCGCCUUGGACGACCUGAAAUUCAAAGACUGCGCCCCGAGUCCUGCUGAACCAAUGAGCUGUCCUGAAAUCACUGAUUUUGUGUGCGACAGCGGCCACUGUGUCGAGUCCUACCUGGUGUGUGAUGGCAAGCCUGAUUGCGAUGACCAAUCGGACGAGUCAGACUGUGACGCAGUGCUUGCCAUGCCGGGAGCGUGUAAUUUUGACGUGGAUGACGGCCAAUGGGAGGAUAGGUGCCUGCUCGGCCAAGACACCGACGACGACUUUGAUUGGAGGAUCAGUCACUGCAGUGAAACAACGGGAGCUGGACCGACAUCUGACCACAGUCCAGGUGGAGGGGGGAACUUCCUCUACAUCCACUCAGCCGUUCAGCGAGAGGGUGACGUUGCCAGGGUGACCACCAUUAGUGCCUUUCCAGCCAGCGUGGGCCUGUGUCACCUGCGCUUCUGGUUCUACAUGCACGGCUCAGACAGGAUGGGAACGCUGAAGGUGUUCACGGUCGGACCGAGUGGCACCCCACUGCUGAUGUGGGCCUUGGCCGGAAACCAAGCCGAGGGGUGGACGUACGCCAGCGUCAUCCUGUCCAACCCGGCACCUUUUCGAGUGAGCUUCCAAGCGGAGGUGGGCGGAGACAUGUGGACAGACAUAGCCCUGGACGAUAUCACGUACACGGCAGAGUGCGUGGGCGGAGCACCGGUGACUCCACAGCCUCUCACCUGCAGCUCGGAGGACUUCCGGUGUGUCCACUCCUUUCAGUGUAUCCCCAGGAGCUGGCAGUGCGACGGUGAGUUUGACUGCUUCGACCAGUCGGACGAAGAGGGUUGCCCCACGGCCAUACCGGGCACCCUCCCCCCGCAAGGCGGCUGCCCCACAGGCCACUACCAGUGUUCUAACGACGUCUGCCUCCCGGCCAUACUGCGCUGCGACGGUGUCCCCGACUGCCCCCAUGGCGAGGACGAGCACGGCUGCCCAUUGCUGCAGUGUGAACUUGGAGAACUACUGUGCGACACUUUGUCUGCUUGCGUUCCUCUUGAGAAGCGUUGCGAUGGCUUUGCAGAUUGUCUGCCUUUCCUUGCAGAUGAGUCCAGUUGUGACGAUUGUCCUCACAUGUACUGCUCGGGUCGAGGCUCGUGCCAUGUGGAGGAGUACGGUCCUGUUUGCAUGUGUUAUCUGGGCUGGACCGGCAACCGUUGCCAUGUGAGGGCAAAGCCACCACUCUCCACUCCGACGCCACAUGGGGUCCAGGACACGCAGCUGGAUGCGGUAUACGCCGGGAUUGCCAUCGGGUUGUUCCUGCUGUUGGCCGGCGUUGGCGUCUGCGUUCUGGCUCUGUGCAGUAAGCGAUGCCGCGGAACGAAGCGCAGCCCAACUGACUACGGGAUGAUGGAUAGCCCCACUUUCGACUGGAAGGCAGAGUUCCGCCGCCGCGUGACCAGGCGCAGCAACCGCAGUGGGGGUCUCUCCAUCAGCGUGUACCCUUGGAGGAGGGAGUCGGAGCAGAGCUCGUCCAGGAGAGACGCCAGGCUGUCCUUUGCCAAUCCGCUGUACAAUCACCAGCAUCAUCAUCAUCAUCAUUAUCAUCAUCAUCUGAGCCCCAAUGAAUGAAGGAGCUCCGAGGCGUAAGCAGGAAAAAAAAAAAAAAGAUGGACUAAAAGAUGGACUACGCAUAUCGACGGCUGCUGUGGAUCAGUAUGCGAAUAUACCUUGAAUUUUUUUUCCCAAGUGAGCAGAUACAUGCCUUGACAAUCAAAAUUAGAAACAGCAACGUGGAUGAGUACAACAGUCCAGUGUAUUUUUUGUUUGGUCACUUGUUAGGCAGAAUUCACAGGACUUGGCCGUAAGCGCCCCAAAGGCCCAUAAAAAAAAUUCUAAUGCACUAAUUAUUUUAAAUGAUGACUUCUUGAGGCUCUUGGUGCAGCAACAGUAGGUAGGUAGAUGAUCAGAAUAUUUUUUCCUGCUCAGUUGUUGCUAGGCAGAAUUUGCAGAGUUCAUUCACCGGACAAUGACAGCAUUGCGAUGCAAUAGUGUUAUAAAAACAUACCAUUUCAUAUGCUUUGCACAGGGAGAUUGACCAUUAGCUUUUAUUUUAUGAAAAAUGUAUUUGAUACGUAUUAAAGGGACCUGUGACACUUUUGAUCCUGCUCUGAUUCAGAUUCUCCCUGAGGCAAAGUUAAACUAGUCCGACAGAUGGCACAAAUGCAGGGUGACGUGUUGAUAACAGGAGGAUAGCCCCCCCCC